AUACGAGCUGCAUAGCUUGCUCCAUGUCUCAGAAAAGUGAGACAGUGAGGGUACAUAAUCAUUAUCUAAAUAGUCACUAAACAAAUUCCCCGUUUCUUCACCCCACGCCACAACGUCAUAAAUCCUGUCCGUGACAAACUAUCACAUCGCCGAGAUGCGGUCUCACUUUAGCGGUUGAACAGUGCACCAGAUCAGUCUUCUCAUUAUGUCCUGAUAGGUUAGGAUCCAGAUAGUGAUUUAACUGCAGCGGUCGACCCCGACUGCAAUGUAACCUCGUCCUCAUGGCUCCCAGGAGCUGCAGAAUGUUGUCUGAUGCCUUGUAUCCAUGGAUAUCUCUCGUCCACCGGAUAUAAAUACGAGGUCGACCCUUCUAAAACAUGGCUCUCACAACCAGACAGGCCUGAAAACAUCGCAACCGUCUUCCAAGUUUACUUCAACAAUCAAUCGUUAACAUCAUCAUCAACAUGAAGUUCGCUCUUGCCCCUUCGUUUCUCCUCCCUCUGUUGGCGGCGGCGGCCCCAACUGCCCCGGAGAACCCUCCUUUCGGCGUCAUGGCAACCCAUUCUGCAUCUCCCAUCCACCUCCUCCCCAUGAACGCCGCUGGCCAGAAGUUCUGGCUGGGCGGAGAGACGACCUCCUACUGCCCUCUCCCUGAGAACUGCCCUCCCGGUAACCAGACUGUCUUCGCGCCUGGUGGCUAUGGCUUGAAUGUCAACGUCCCCGGCGGUCAGCAGGUCUAUGUUGAUCCCAACGGUGCUUUGUCCUUCACCCAGGCCCACUCCGCAUACAUCCCCGAUGGCUCCGCCCGUGGCCCCUUUGAGUACACGCCCGGUGAGAACUGGGGCUACUACACCUUUAAGGGUUGGGGUGCUUCCGGUUUCAUGGCUUGCCCUACCGAGGACAACCGGUGGCAGGUGUUCGCCGCCAUCAAGAAUGCCACUGUGCCCAAGGGCAAUGUGGAUGAGUGCCUUGGUUUCAAUGCUCUGGCUCCCAAAGCUGACCAGAGCCCUGCUGCUUGGCAGUACAUUUAAAUCUGGAUUUGAUUAUGUUGUCCUGUUCUGUGAUUAAUUAGAGGUGUGAGUGAGGUGGUUGACGCGCAAAUGCGGUGAUUGUGGUAUGGUGUAAACUAUUCAUCUUGACGCGAUAUAACCGAACUAAUUCACUCCUUUUGUAUAUAAUCGAAAACAAUGAG